CUUCUAGUGCGAGUGUGUGCUGGUCAUUCUGAGCUCAAGCAAGUGAUAAAAGGGGAAACGCAAAAAGCUAAUUUCACAAGAGUCCCUUUUCCCCCUUUGCGUGAAUUGGGUGCAUAUGAUCACAGAAAAGCUGUGAUUAAAUGUGUUUCUGGUUUGAGCAUUUGCUUAUUUGCCACAUAUAUUCAAACUGCAUGUGAAGCUAAGAACCACAGCUCUGAACCUAUAGAGGCUCUCAAGUUGAGGUUAGACUCUUGCAGGUGUGCAUAAGUGUGUUUCUUCUUCCAGGAAAGAUUGACUCAAACAUAGACUCAAAAGUUCAUAUUAUUUAAAUCCUGUAAAUCAGCAGUUUAUGGCAAAUGUCAAGCGAUGAGAAAAAAUGUCAAGCGAGCAUGCUGUGAAUCAAUGCAACAAUGUCUACAUGAACUUGAUAAGACGGAGCAGACCUCUUAAAGCAGCUGAAAGACUCCAGGAAACAUCUCCCGAGGGCCUCCUACCGCACAAUGACUUUAUCCCUAAUGUAAGCAGAACGUGCAAGAAGCGUUAUCUCUAAAGGAAGAUCCACCCUUUCCUGAUCUUCAGGCUGAACAAACAACAUGUUUCAGUAAGCCGAAAGGGGGAAUCACAGUGCAUAGAUUUUCCAGAAUAUAGGCUAUUUAAGUGAGGGGACCCCCAGGAGAGCCAGAGUUUGUGUGGGCUUGAUGUGAGACAGAAACCUGUAGGUGUGGAGCCUGAAAACUGAAAUCUGUGAUCAAAUUAGUAAUCCUUAAUAUAGUAUAGUAUAUAAAAAUGGAUUAACUGCCUCCUAUUUUGUCACCCUUGCUACAAAAUUCCAGGGAACUAUAUAAGACCUUGAUUAAAAUUAUAUAUAUUUAUCAAAAAAAAGAAAUUAAAAAAAAAAAAUGCAAGAACACGACUUUUGACGCAAGUAAUAAUGACCUGUGAUGUGUAGAGCCCACUCUGAGAGAGUGACAAGCCCGACAGCAGCUCUGCCGCCCACUCGCAGACAAGCUGGGUGAAUCUUAAUUGUGUAAUGUUCAUUGACGAGUCAGCAAUGCUGGUGAGACCGCGGAGGCGCACCGAGCCGAGCAGAGCGAUGCAAUGCUCCCAUCGAGGAGAACGCAGAUGGACAGCCUAGUUCAGCCGCUCGUCGCCCAGUACCUCGCCAUGGGAUGUCAGUCAAAAGAGAACCAAAACGAAAGUGUAGCGGACGAAAGGGGGAAAGACGACGCGAGAGUGACUCCAGGAUGCAUCUCCAGGUCUAGAGUUUCUCCUCCAGGCCGUCCUCACCGGUUCCACAAGCUCAGCCCGGCCCAGGCCGCCCCGGGUAAAUCGAUGAUGCCUCUGGGACACCUCACCAAGGGGGCCAGCUGGGAGGAGCUCAUCCAGGCCUGCCUGCAGUCCUUCGAUGCAGACGGUUGUGUACGCGGCAGCAGCCACCUGCUGAACAUCACCCUGACCAUGCACCGCCUCCUCAUCUCCUCCACCGAUCUUCUGGACAAACUCAUCACCCUGUUCAAAACAGCAAUGGACAAUGAUCAGCCAACACAGUGCCAGAGGAUAUGUUACCUCAUCAGGCACUGGAUCCAGGAGUUCUGGGUGAUGUUCCGGUCGGACCGCAGCCUGUCGGAGAGCCUGGAUGAGUUCCGGGAUCUGAUCCGAGAGCAGGGACAGGAGCAUCUUUGCUCUCUCCUAGAGACCAAAUUGAUAAAUGAACGAGACCGGUCGUGGAAGGCCAGCCAGAAGAUGAGACCUAACACCAGUAAAAAGAGGAAGGUUUCUCUCCUCUUUGAUCACCUGGAGCCCAUUGAGUUGGCCGAACAUCUCACCUUCCUGGAGUUUAAAUCCUUUUGCAAAAUAUCAUUUGCAGACUACCAGAAUUACAUUCGCAGCUGCUGCAUGAAGGACAUCCCAGCGAUGGAGCGUUCCAUCGCCCUGUGUAAUGGUAUCUCCCAGUGGGUUCAGCUGAUGGUGUUGAGCCGGCCGACCGCUCAGCUGAGAGCUGAGGUUUUCACGAAGUUUAUCCACGUGGCACAGAGUCUACACGGCAUGCACAACUACAACACACUAAUGGCGGUUGUGGGAGGGCUGUGUCACAGCUCGAUUUCCCGACUGAAAGACACCACUUCACAUGUACACGGCGAGGUCUCCAAGGUCCUGAACGAGAUGACAGACCUGCUGUCUUCCUGCAGAAACUACGACAACUAUAGGCAAGCUUACAACAGGUGCACGGGUUUUAAAAUCCCCAUCCUGGGCGUCCACCUCAAAGACCUGAUUUCAGUCAACGAGGCCAUGUCAGACUAUGUGGAGGACAACAAGGUGAAUGUCCAGAAGCUCCAGGCCCUCUACAGCCACAUCAACGACCUGAUCCAGCUCCAGCAGAUCCCGCCGAAGCUGGACGCGAACAAGGACCUGGUUCACCUGUUGACGCUGUCCUUGGACCUUUACUACACCGAGGAGGAGAUUUAUGAACUGUCUUAUGCACGGGAACCAAAGAACUGCAAAGCACCUCCAGCCACUCCCUCAAGACCCCCUGUGUUUGUGGACUGGGCAUCUGGAGUGGCUCCUAAACCCGACCCCCGAACCAUCAGCAAACAUGUGCAGAGAAUGGUGGACUCCGUGUUUAAGAACUACGAUCACGACGAGAACGGCUUCAUUUCUCAAGAGGACUUUGAGAAAAUUGCUGCUAGCUUUCCUUUCUCCUUCUGUGUCAUGGACAAAGAGAAGGAAGGCCUCGUGAGCAGGGAGGAGAUCACGGCUUAUUUCAUGCGAGCCAGCGUCAUCUGCUCCAAACUGGGCCUCGGAUUUGUUCACAACUUCCAGGAGACCACGUACAUGAAGCCCACCUUCUGCGACAAUUGCUCAGGAUUUCUGUGGGGCGUCAUCAAGCAAGGCUACAGAUGCAAGGACUGCGGGAUGAACUGCCACAAGCUGUGCAAGGACCAGGUGGCGUUCGAGUGCAAGAAGAACACCCGAGUGACCAACGCCGGCGACAGCCCGACGCCGAGCUCCACGCCGGUCACCAUGGGCACCUCAGAGGGUUCAGAGGACUGUCCGUUCCCUUACCCCCCCCCUGAUGACGGCAAAGACUGGAGCCCAGACUCCCCGGUCACCUCCCGCCUGAGGCCUCGGAAAGUCCACAGCUUCACCCAGACGGAGGGGCCCCAGCUCUCCCCGGCCACCGUCGAGGCGUUCCGCAUUAAGCCUUCUCUCUUGGUUCCGGCUCUACCCGCUCCCCUGUUUUGCUCCAGCCCGGCGCGCCAGAAAAGGCACUGUGCCACGUGGGAAAACCGAGCGUCUCUUAUGCAAAAGCCCAAAGAGCAAGGGGAUGAGAGCAAACCCUGCUACGAAUCUCUGGAAAUAGACAACCGGAGGCUCCAACAAGACAACGAGGCACUACGUAGGAGGCUCAAACAGGUAGAGAGGGAGGUGGAGAUACUAAAGACGCUGCUGAAGAGGCACGCUCUCCACCCCGUGGAGGAGGACUCCUCUUCUUAGGCUCAUAAACUCAAUGAACCUUCUCCAAGGAGACUGCUGCUGCCCUCUCAUGGCAGCGCGUGUACAUCUUAAUUUAUUGGUCAUGAAAAGUGCAAGUAUUUUAUCAGUAUAACAUGUGAAGUGGGACGAGUUGACGCAAGCUUUUUUUAAGCGCAGCUUCAGUACACAGUGUGGUAAAUACCGUAAACCGACAUAAUGUAAAAAAAUAAAUAAAUGAAACAUAUCAAAAUGACUGACAGUAUGAAAAAUAGCACAAAAGGCUAUAGUGUUAUGUAGAAGUGAGCAGGACCGGCCCCUUAUCUGUCCUGACUAUUAACACGAGCAUUCCCCAUCCUGACAAAGUAAUUGCUGGUAAAAAAUAAGGCGUCGGCGAAUGAGAGCAUCAGUAUUUAAGAGUGGAAUGUGUUUGAUCAAUUUGUGAUCAGUUAACGAGCUAAGCUAUUUAUGUUAAACAUAAAAAGGAAAUCAGAGGCUGCGGCCGGAUGUACGCAGCGGCAAAGCAGUUUUCAAAACAAAAAGACGUUAUGACAGGUGAGUUAUCCAUAUCAUUAUUAUUAUUAUCACUUUUAAUGUCCAGAGCCCGCUGACUGCAGCAACCGAAUGAUCACUGGGGAGCUCCAACAUGCAUAAACUGCUGUGGCUUUGUAUCACUGUCUCUUCUCAUUUCAAGUGCUCCUCUUAAUAUUUAUUGUCCGAAACACUACACAGUUCACUUGACGAAUGAGAUAACUAAACAUUUUUGUACAUUAUGGUGGUACUCUUAUUGAAAUAUUUAUGCUUUCCUUUUUGUGUGUUGGCUUCAUAUUGAUACUUUUUUAUUAUUAAUAUCAUUAUUAUUAUAAUUAUUACUUUUUAUUGUGCAGCCAUUAUUAUUGUCCCUUGUGUGGCGCUGUUGUACUGUGAAGUCAAGACACAUGUGUUUGUAAUGCAUGUUAUGCACUGUAAAUAUAAAAUAUUCAAGGUGCCAGUCUGAGUGAUGUCAAGGUUCCUCUUCUCUCCCAGUAUUGUUCUCUGGUAGUUCUAAUAAAUGAUUUACAUUCAA